UUUUUUGCCUGGCGUUUUGCAUAUGGAUGAUGAAGAUGACAAUAAUGCUAAUGCUCAUGUUGGGGCAUUACCCGACGGACAUUUUGUGAAUGGAAAUGAAAUUUCCUUUUGUUGCAGACAAGAUAGCUUAGCUAACAUACCCAUACUUCUGCCGAUAGAUAAACCUUUUUAUCUUAUGCGGUAUACUGGACUUUGUCAAGAAGUCCUAGGUAUGACUGUGUCUGAUGAGUUUAUCUACUAUGACAAUGAAGAUAACAGGAAUGCAAAUAAUUGCACAGGAGCUCAUCCAUUCGUUGAGGGUGGUUGUAGGACUGGCGAUAUGAAAAUUCAUUACUGUUACUACGACCGUGCGAAUCAUAAUUCUUCUCCUAUAAGCAUCUCUGGUAUAAUUGGAUAAUAAAGAUACAUCAUAGGUAAAAUCUUUGUUAUCUGUUGAAA